AUGGGAGACGUGGAGGAGAAGGGCCCUCAAGUGCGGGCAUCGAAAUGUCCGAUGGAGCCCAGCGGCAUCCCAAACGGCCAGAAGGUCGCCGUUCCUACUACUCGCCUGUACUUCAAGCGUUGGGCAAUAGUGUUCCUGUUCGGCGCGUAUUCGCUGAGCAACGCGUACCAGUGGAUCCAGUACGGCAUCAUCAGCAACAUCGUGGUCAAAUUCUACCUGGUGGACGCGUUCGCCGUGGACUGGCUGUCCAUGAUCUACAUGCUGACUUAUAUCCCUUUUAUUUUCCCGGUCACUUGGUUGCUGGACCGAAAGGGCUUGCGCGUCACGGCGCUCCUGGCCAACGCGCUCAACUGCCUGGGUACUUGGACCAAAGUAGCCAGCGUCGGACCCGGUCUUUUCUGGGUCACCAUGUCGGGACAGUUUGCCAGCUCCUUGGCUCAGGUCUUUAUCCUCGGAAUGCCCUCUCGCCUGGCUUCGGUGUGGUUCGGUGCGAAUGAGGUUUCUACCGCUUGCUCCAUCGGAGUCUUUGGAAAUCAGAUGGGCAUUGCCAUUGGAUUUCUCAUUCCCCCUAUCCUCGUGCCUAACGUCGACGAUGUGGAAGAGCUAGCGCACCACAUUAAGAUCAUGUUCUACAUCAGUGCUGGUGUGGCCAGUGUGAUUUUCAUCCUUGUCAUCAUUGUGUUCGAAGACAAACCGGCGCUCCCUCCCACACAGGCCCAGGCUCAGGCUAGGUGCAUCCCUGCAGAGAGCUACUCCUACCUGGCUUCAAUAUGUAGGCUGCUGCGCAACAAGCCCUUCAUGCUGUUGGUGGUCAGCUAUGGACUGAAUGUUGGCUGCUUUUAUGCCGUGUCCACACUUCUAAACCGAAUGAUCAUUGACCACUAUCCAGGUGAGGAGGUGAACGCAGGCCGGAUUGGGUUGACAAUUGUCAUCGCAGGUAUGGUGGGAUCUCUCAUUUGUGGAAUUUGGCUGGACAAGACUAAAACCUACAAACAGACCACGCUGGCCGUGUACGUGCUCUCCCUGAUCGGGCUGGUGGUGUAUGCUUCGACACUUAACCUGGGCCACUUGUGGGUGGUGUUCGUCACAUCUGGAGUUUUAGGCUUCUUCAUGACGGGUUACCUGCCUUUGGGCUUUGAAUUUGCAGUAGAGCUCACCUAUCCAGAAUCGGAGGGAACCUCAUCCGGUCUACUCAACUGUUCGGCUCAGAUCUUUGGAAUCAUCUUUACUAUCGGCCAGGGAAAGAUUAUGGACGCGUGGGGCACUUUGGCAGGAAAUAUUUUCCUGUGUGUAUUCCUGGUAAUAGGAUCUGUCAUGACUGGAUUGAUUAAGUCUGACCUCCGGAGGCAAAAGGCCAACGUGCAGGCAGCCGGACCAUCAGUCAGCGUAAGCGCCGUUAAUAUCGCCGACCGACCGUACACUCUCUCCAGCAUGCUCAAAACAAACACCGCCGUGAAAGACAUGACACCCGAGCAAUUAUUCCAGUCUGCAGAGUCAGAGUCAUCGCUUCAGGACUGUGAGGGUACAUCUUGUGGCAGCCCCUGGCAGCAGCAGUCCUGA